AUGCAAGGUCUACACGUGUUAUUAUUCCUCCAGUAUGCCAUGGUUAUCCUCAGUCUGCUCUCGGCGUUGUUCAUCGCUCACUCUGCCUGUGGACGACGGCUACCUCCGCUACCUAUGAUAGGUAAGUGUCUGUCUCUCUUUCUGUCUCGUACAUUUGCAUCUAUAAAUGCAUGUGACUCAUCUAUGACUUAUUCCUAAGAAUGUAUAAAUUAAUUGAUUGUAACUGAUGUGUUUCCCCAGAUGGCUGUUUCAGGGUGUCUCCAGAGCCGGAGGUGUUCCGUGUGCAGGGUGAAGCGGUGGUCCUGAGCUGCUUUGGUUUUGACAGGGUCCUCCAGAUACGAUUCCCCAAGGCUAAGGCGGGUUACACCUAUGUCGUCGCCAAGGGAAAUGGGAAGGAGGGCAUUGACCCUGAGGAGGGGGAAGAGGGGCGGGUCCUGCAGCGUGAGCGACAGCUGUGGCUCCUCCCAGCUCGAACUUCUGACUCCGGAGAGUACUCCUGCAUCUACAGGUGGAUAAAUAGUCACAGCCAUUUGCAUAAGGCUUUCCCUUUAGUUACUUACUUUUACUUUAGUUAUUGUACAGUAUGUAAAUAUAUCUACCUGUCGUAUAUUGAUGUCUGUCAGUUUAACACUUUAUUUCAAUUUUGACAUGGACAAUGUCAUGGAAUAUCUAACAUAUCCUAGGCCAGGUUAUAUCCUGUAUUAUCAGUGCUCAAUAUGUAUUGCUUUUUCUCCUGUCAUUUUCAGAAAUGACACAUUAUGUGUAACUGGAAGCAUCACUCUACAAGUUUAUGAGACCAAGCAAACUGAUAUUGAGAAGUUGUCUUAUCCCAUCUCUACACGCGUGGGAAACAAUGUGUCAAUCAGCUGUCCUCAUUUUGAGUUCAACAGGACUGACGAAAUAGAGUGGUAUAAGGUGUGUGCAAACAAUAGACUACCUUCAUUGAAGUCUUCCUUUAUGGUCUGUUUUGUAGUUUGUGCGUGCGUGCGUGUAGCUAUGAACCAUCUACCUAAAGCAUGUCUGGAGUUUUCUUUAUUCAACUGUUUCCAUUCACACAGGAUUCCAGCCUGACAGUGCUUCCUGUUGGCAGUGGGCGCUACCACAGACAGAGACCAGACUUGAUCCAUAUCUCAGACGUGAGGCCAGCAGACCAGGGCUUCUACACCUGUCAGCUUAGAGUCCACGUCAACAACCUCCAGUACACAGUCAGCAGGACCAUGAAUCUCUAUGUAAAAGGUGGAAUACCACAGCACUACAACAAUUUUAUGAGAACCCACUGACUGAAUCCUCUGAAUACUUCUCCAUAGUUGUCCCAUCAUUUGCUCAAUAUUUGCAACCCACCCUUUUGACAGUUGAUGUGCUCUUGACUUAUGUGCGGCUGUAUUGGUCUACUAUGUGUUGUAAUGGUGGUGUGUUCUGUGGACCUCUCUCUCCAGUGCUUGACCCAGUUCCCUACACCCAGACCACCAGUCCCAUCUUUGACCCAGACACAACCCCAACCCCUAACCCUGGUCUCAGCACUGUGGAAUGUGAGUGAAUCUAUCGUUAUGCGGCUCAGAAAACAAAUGUCAAUAACAGGACUUUCCAGUCUAUUUUUGACCAAUUCACCUCUUCAAAAGCAUAAAUUGCUUACUUAGUGUGAAUCACUUUAUGUUGUUGAUAGUGUACUUAUGCUUAGCCUAGUUUAGUAGUCUUGGUCCUGGCUUUGUCUAAUGCCUGUUUAUUUCCUUUUUUAGACCCAGCAGUUGAGUCCCCCAAGAUUGUGUCCCCUGUCAAUGGAACAAUCUUUGAAAGUCCAUUGGGUGGGUGAAUCCCAUAUGCAUGCUCUGUUUAACUUGAAAACCUAUGUUUUGAUUUUGGCUUACCUCAGUGUUCUAACUGUACCACCUCUAUCUAACCACAUCCAGGCUCUAUUUUGGAGAUAUCCUGCCAGGUUUUCACAGGAAGCCAAUCAGCAGACGCCACAGUGGUCACAUGGUUGGUGGACGGCCAGUCAUUGGAUUCGUCCAACCUUGGUGGGCGGGCUCUGAUGAGUCAGAGGAGGUGAUACAUAUUGCAAGUGUCUCUUUAAUUGUGUACACAUAUAAUGUGCAAGCAAGCUCAUUGAAGAUUCUUGCUUUGUUACCAGGGUAACCACAGUGGCUGGGGGUUGUUAUGUUGAGGUGAAGCUGUACAUCGUUGAGCUGUGUGAGGAGGACACAAGGGCGGAGCUGAAGUGUGUCACUCAAAACCAAGGAGGAAGACAUGAGGUCAUUGCACAGUUCAGAGUCGAAGGUAGGCCCAAUCUCAACUAACAUAUGAUACAUGCACUAGACUGUUGGUUGGCUGAAAGCCCUGGUAUAUCAAACAAUAUACCACGGGUAUGACAUAAAAUUACUUGUUUACUGUUCUAAUUACGUUGGUAACCAGUUUAUAAUAGCAAUAAGGCACCUCAGGGGUUUGUGGUAUAUACCACGCACGGCUAAUGGCUGUAUCCAGGAACUCUGCGUUGCGUCGUGCAUAAGAACAGCCCUUAGCCAUGGUAUAUUGGCCAUAUACCACACUUCCUCAGGCCUUAUUGCUUAAAUGUACCAUUGAUUAUGUGAUUGAAACUCAAAGCAAGCCAUGAAAUGUGUGUGUUUCACUCGCUCUCUCCCUCUCUCAGACCCCAGGUCCACAUGGCUGAUGGUGGGUGUAGCAGUGUCUGUUUGUUUCCUGACGGUGGUUUCCAUCUUCCUUUACCUCCUCCUAAAACCCAGAGGAAAGGGUGACUACUUCCUGGCUCGACAGAACAGCACGUUUAGCUCCACUUUCAGCUCCACAUUGUGAGUUGCAAACGUAAACAUCUCCCAAGUGAUCUCGCUGGUACAUUGUGACUGAAAUGUUCUACUUUUCUGUAGUUUUGUUGACAUGUUUAGCAUUACAAUGACCCUACAGACCACAUAACAUAGCAUGACCCAUGUUCACUCCCACUCAUGGACUGGAUAAGCACUCUCAUACACAGUGUAUACAAAAGUUGACUUAAAACAGAAUGUAUACAAUGGAACAUGUAUUAUUGUUAUUAA